GAUUACCAUGGACAUCAAUUCGUAGACGGGCAAGGGGAAAGCUUUCGUGCUGUCGCUUGCUUUGCUCCGUAUGCCAAAGUUCCCCGCCAGAAGGUGACGAAGGAUGCCCGCGACGGAACUAUCUUUGAAGACGCUACCUACAAGCAGUUUUUGGACGGUUUGGCAGUCCCAAAGGCAUUCGAGGCUCCGCCAGAUCCAGUUUCGGAGCUGCAACCUUCGAGCAAGAAGGACACCCCAUUGUUAAAUUACAUGAAGACCAGGGCUGCUGAGAGAAGAGCUCGUCAAGAGAAGCGUGAAAGAGAGCGCAAGCGAUGGCACGACCGACUUGGUCGAAUAGACGAGAAGCCCCGAUGGCGGUGUGCGGAGUGCGGCACCGUGAAGCACUUAGAAGAAGACCCAGAUUCGAGAGGAACCUUCUACUGCACCUACUGCUGGGAGAUUUGGGAAGCUCAGGAGUACAAGCAAAAGAAGAAAAAAAAGAAGUCAAAGAAGGCCGAGGAAUAUGCAGAAGCAGAGGAAGAAGAGGAGGAUUGGUACGAGGAGCCAAGCAGCAAAAAGAAAAAGAAGAAGAAGAAGCAUGAAGCGUAUGAAGAAGAAUGGCACGACCAUGCCAGUGGCUGGCACAGUUCGGAGCAAGGAGAUGACUGGGCCUGGUACGAAUCAGAAGCCUCCCAGGAGCCCAAGAAAAAGAAGAAGAAAAAGAAAUCGAAGGACGAGGAUGAGUAUGGUGCUUGCCACUGGCACGAAGAGGACUACUGGGGCGAGCAGGAGGGCAAAACAAAACCUAAGAGGUCAAAAGCCAAAGAGUCCGAAGAGUGGUGGGAAGAGUCGUCCAAGCCCAAGGAAACUUCUUCCAAGCGCAGGUCUCAAGGCAAGUGGAGAGAAAAGGAAGAACAGAAGGAGCCCGAGAAGUCUCGGCGAAG